GUCGAUAUACAUUGUUUACAUUUAUAAGUCGACAAGUCGUGUAUUAUUCGCUUACUAGUCACGAUGACUUCGAAAAUUGCCAACUUUAAUCGAUAUAUAUUUUUGAGGUCAUUUCAUGUAACAAAUAUACCGCCAUGUUAUAAUUGUUCAAAUAUAAUCAAAAGGAAAUUGCAUUUGGAUUUGCAGCGCGUGCGGAUUCGGGAACGAGCUCAACUUCGACAGCAGCCGGUGUUUGCCACAGUUUCUGCUAGAACGAUGUCAACGUUAGAACAAAAGAGUGAUUUUAUCUUCAGACAGCUGUUGGAAUACAAAUCAUUCACAUACACCUACCUUCUAGCUGAUCUGGAGUCCAAGGAGGCUAUACUUAUAGACCCUGUAAUAGAGACUGUGGACAGAGAUGCCAAACUUGUGACAGACUUGGGACUUAAACUUGUAUACGGAGUGAAUACACACGUGCAUGCGGAUCACAUAACCGGAACCGGUAAAUUGAAAGAGAAGUUUCCAGAUUGUAAAAGUGUGAUCAGUAAAGAUGGCAAUGCAAAAGCUGAUAUUCAACUGAAAGAGGGUGACAAAAUAAAAUUUGGAAACUUUGAACUGGAGGCCAGAAGUACACCAGGACAUACAGAUGGAUGCAUGUCGUAUGUUUGGCAUGAAAAAGGAAUGGUAUUUACUGGUGAUGCUGUACUGAUUCGAGGAUGUGGUAGAACAGAUUUUCAGCAAGGUGACUCAGGAAGGCUGUAUGACUCGGUUCACAAGAAGAUUUUCAGUUUACCUUCUCACUUUUUUAUGUACCCAGCUCAUGAUUAUACAGGACAAACCGUUUCAACAGUAGGGGAAGAAAAACAAUUCAACCCACGUCUUACAAAGAGUAAGGAAGCUUUUGUGAAAAUUAUGCAAGAGCUCAACUUGCCAUAUCCGAAACAGAUAGAUAAAGCAUUGCCAGCCAAUCUUCUGUGUGGAAUCCAGCCUUCAUGAGUUGGGAGUACAGGCUUCCUGUGAUAAAUUUAAUGUGACAUUAGUCUUUCCUUAACAAUACACAAGAAAGACAUGAAAAUUUUUACACAUGUGCUAUACUAUACAUAAUUAUGCUCAGAAGGUGGUGAACUAUAUUUACAUGGAAGUUGUUACUGUAAAUAUAUAUAGUCCUAUUUUAUUCACUCGCAUUUGGAUCAUUUGAUAUCUCCCUUCACUCAAACUCAGGUCCUGGCAAAAUCGCUUUGUUUAAGUUACUAUUCUACCUUGAAUUACUGGAAUCCUGAUGGCUCAAACUCUCCAACAGUACAUCUAGUUAUGAUGAUUACUUAUAGUGUAGAUGAUACCUUUUGGAUCCAACAACAAAAUAUGACAAAUAGUUCACACAUUUCUUGAGUGAAAACUUUACACAAAAGUAAAGGUAAUUGCCAAUAGAAAGUUUAACUGCCUAAAAUUUUGUUAUAUUCACUCAAUGUACUUUCUGACUUAACGCAUUUUAAUAUUGAUUUUAUAUUGAUGGUAUAUUUAUGGUUAUUUUGAAUAAGCUUAAAAUUUUAUAAUAGAAUCAAGUAUCGUUAAAUAGUUUGACUUAAAUAUGUAUGCCAGUAUAGAAAUCUCAGUUAGCUCAAAAUGUCAAUAGUUCAAACAAAUCUCUGCAGGUCGUGUGAGUUUGAGUGAAUGCAGUUGGACUGUACAAUGUAUAUAGAAGAUUUUAACCUGUGCUUAAAGCAGUUUUAAGUUCGAGUGAAUGCAGUUGGACUGAAAAUGUAUAUAGAAAUUUUUAAACUGUGCUUAAAGCAGUAUGGAAGGACAUGCUUGUACAGAGGUCUUGUCUUACAGAAUGUGAAAACAUACACUGAACAAAAAUGAAAAUGGCCUUACAAAUUUGUUUUUCCUUUUUUUAUUAUUUUCCAGUUACUGCAAAGAGAACAUCACAUUUAUUCAUUUUCUCAUUGCCAAUAGUUUUAGCAAAAACAGAAUCCAAUUUAAAGGCAUUCCAAUUUUGAACAUAACCUUGUAGAAUGUGACCAAACUUUUAAUUUACCUAUUCUAUGAUUCUCUUCAAAUAUAAGGCAAUACCAUUAAUAAUAUAUCUCAUUCUAAACUUUUUAAAAUUUUCAAAAUAUCCGAUAAGUUUUUGUUAGUGAUUGUGAAAAGGUGUUUUAUACUGUACAUUCUAGUGGUUACAUUUUGGAAAAAUAAUUUGGGUGGAAGAAUAAGCAAUUUUCUACUGAAUACAUGUAAUAUUUUAUUUGCAUCUUGGGACUAGUAGUGAUUAAAAUAUCUUCUAAGAAACAAAAUCAUUUGUGGAUGUGAGCUGAAAUGUUUCCUUCUGAAACACUUAAAAGCUACAUUUGUCAGUUUCACUUACUGCCAAUCUGUGGAGCAAUUGCAAAUUGGUUUUUAAUGGUUAAACAUUAUGUGUUUCUAAAAUUUACAUUCCACGGAAUUGCAAGUAUUUGUAUCUUGUAUUUACAAAGGUCUAUUUUGACUUUGAUUGAGUAAUGGAUUUGUUAAAUAUUUCAAAAGCCAUAUUACACGAUAUUUUGAUCGCAUGACAAAAGAAGCAAUAAUAUGUACUAGUAUUUAAAACAAUGUAAUUAAGUCUUUGUAACAGGAGUAAUACUUCCAUGUCGACAAAUAUGCAAUACAUGUAAUUUAAGAUAUAUUUUGGUGUUUUAUUUUCUGGCGUUAAUGUCUAAACAUACUGUUGAAACUUAAUAUCUUUACUUAACAUCUUUUUACUUUACAGGGGGUUUGAAUGCGUAACUGUUUAUACAUUGUAUCACAAAAUCGCAGUAUCAUAUUGAUGCUAUGGUUAGCUGAAGUAAAUCCUGUAUGUAUUGUUUCUAACUAUUAAAGUGCUGUUAGCGCUUGUGCCAUAUUUGGAAUGAAUUCUUUUCAUACACGUACUAACAUAAAUCACCUUCCAUCAGUACUGUACUAUCAGUACCUUGAUUUUUCGCUUGUGGUCAGUAUAUGAAAAAAUCUUAAUGUUGUUUGGUUCAUAUUAGGUCAAGCCGUAUAUUUAUGUUUUCUGUACUCAGCAGUUGAUUGGUCGAUAGUUGACAUACCAAGUUAUCAGACAAGCUAUUUUAUUGAAGUUAAGUAUAAUUUAAUUAAAAAACAACUUUUUUUACGCAUGCCAAAUGGUUCCUAAAAGCAUCACUUUUGCUCUUGGUAUCUGGAAGCUUUUUGUAAGUUACAAAUCUGUUCAUAUAUCAGUGUAAGUGGGCCUAAGUUGCUUACCUCAAGAGGGAAAUAAAACAUAUUAUUCUUUGAUAACAGUCUGUUUUGUGUAAAACUUUGACCCCAGUAGCUGUACCAUAUUUGCCCAAAAAGGAUCAUCUUGAACAAACUUCUCAGUGGAGCACUAAAUCCUAUUACAUUUUUGUUAAUUACAGAUAAAAGCCACUUUUUCUGUUCUGUUUAGUGAAAUGGUUUUAUUAUAGUUACCAAUAAUGCAACAAAAUCAUACAAUGAAAUGAUGUCCUUCAAAGUAUAUUUAAGCAGAGUAGCUUUCUACUCGGCUACAAAUAGCUGCUACUUUUAGAUGAAUAGAGUUUACACUACUGGUACUGAUGAUAAACCCGAACAGAUGAUAAAGUCGACCACCUUGGAAAUAUUCGAUUGCAAUCGGUUAUUUAUAAAAUUGAACACACCAUCUAAUAGUUUCCACUUACAACACCAACUGGUGUAAAUAAAAACAAAAUUGGUAAAUAUUCUGUAUAAAUAAAUGACUUACAUUUAUCUGUAUAAAAAAUAUUUAUCCAAAAUUACUGGGGAAGAGGGUGUUUUAUUGCACAUGCUCACUGUCGCCACAUGAUGGCCUGACAUGGGGUCACUUUUCAUUACUUGAUCAGGAAUGACUGUUGCAGCUUUUUGGGGAAAGUUUCAAUACAAUACUACGAAGAAAAGUAUGUAAAUGACAAAGUGGUCGAAUUUAUCAUCAGUCAACCUUCGUACAGUCCCCAUUUUACAAACCCCUUUCAGGGCCUCACUUCGUGUGAGUUUGCUAACUAAAUAUAAAUUUGAAUUAUGUAAAGUUUUCAGCAAAUGUUAGGCUUUAUAUUGAUACCGACCAUUGAUUACAAAUUGCAGAAAUAAAAAAGUUACAGGUAAAAAACCUCAUUUUCUGUUCGGGUUUAUCAUUAGUACCAGUAUUGAAAGACCGGGAGGUCAGGUUAAAUUUUACAGGUUUGUAUUGCACCUCGACGCUGUAGUCACGGUACAGCCGAGCUAUACAUAUAAUUAUUUUUUUUACAUUUUUUACAUAUAUAUGAAUGAUCAAAAGUUUAUGAACAUUUUCUACAUUGUUGUUGCACCUCAUGAUGCUAUAUUUUGAUUAAUGUGUUAUUAAAGUACACUUACCCAUA